AUUUAUAAGUUUACUAAACUAUAGAUUAUUUGUUUCAUCAUACAGGUCCCUUAGUGUUUAUUUAUAAUUAUUUAAGAAAUAAAAAUAUUUUACCUCUACCGUGUAGAAAUACUUUGCGUGCCUAUUUAUUAACAGUAACGAUAGGCUGUGGUUUUAUAAUGAUUGUUUUUUUUUAGAAAAAUUACUUCUUAAUUUUUUAAAGGGAAACCUUGAGUGUCAACACUAGAACCUUGACAUAUCAUAACUUAGAAGAUUUUAAUGACAGGUUUGAAAAAAAAGCAAAUUGUACAUUAGGAGUGAUCAUGAUCUAAAGAUUGGCUGACAGUAUUCAUCAACCCAUUGCUGUGUUUGUUUCAAGAGGACCAGUCAAAAGUCAAUAUACAUUUUAUCUAAUUAAUUUAAUAAAGUAUUAAAUAUUUAUGAUUUUUUUUAAAUAUAGAGUUUGUAAAAAUUAUUUUCAAGACUAUUGCUUGAAAAUGCUGGUGUUACUAGCGAUGGAGCUUCAAUUAACAUUUGUGGCUUUGUAGACUGAAUUAGAUGUUAGAUAUUUGGUGGCACUAACAAGACACGAGAUUUUAAAAAGAAACCAGUUAUUAUAAUCUGCAAAGAAACUAAAGAGAAGUGAAGACGUCUUAAUCUAUAAACAAUAAUGUUUCUUUAUUAUCUAUGUUCUUAUCACAUAUCGUUGCAUAACCACGAGUACGAUAAUAUAGGCUGAUAAAAAUUUCUGCUCCAAAAUAAAAUUAUCAAUUAUCCAAAUAUCUAUAUCAUUAAUUUAAUAAUUUAAUUUAUUAAUUUUGUACGCAAAUAAUGUUAUCUUAAUAUGUUUUUUUACUUUGUAAUAAUGUUAUUUUGUAGCCUUGUAAAUUGUACGUAAAAUUGGUAAUAACGUUUAUGUGUUAAAGUUAACUUAUUAAUGACAAGUUUUAUAUGUUAACUUGAUAUUUGUUUUAUCGUUUAAAUAUGUACUCAUUAAAUAUAAGAUAAUAAUGGCCAAUUUGAAACUAGAACUCGAUGAAUACCUUAGUAAAGGUCAAAAAAAUAAACCCAACAAUGGACACGUUCAUAUUCCUAAAGUUUUUAAAAAAUUCCUGAGCAAUGAAUCUGGAGAACAAACGGAAAAUUUACUGGACCCUACACAGAAUAAAUAUUUUAAUUUCCCAACAUUGGUAAAAUUUAUGUUUUUUUUUUUGAAUAGUUUAAAUUUAGGUAGGUAUCAGGUAGCCAAUAUUUACAUUUUCUUGUGUUAUUUAAUUUUGCAGAGUAAAACUCAAAGAGUGAUGGGUUUUAUGGUUUGUGUAGCAAUUAGUUGCUUAAUGUUCUCAUUAUCAGCUUUGUAUUUGCCUGUACUUCUACUUAAAGCUAGGAAGUUUGCCAUUUUGUACGCUUCUGGAAGCAUAUUUGCUUUUGCCAGGUAAAUUUAAUAUUUUAGUCAUCGUUAUAAAAAUGUCUUAUCAAUUUAAUUGAGUUAACCUGCGUUUGUUCCUUUAGUUGUAAUAUAAUACACUGUCAGUAUUGUCUGUUACCAUUUUUCAUCGGUCCACAUUUAUCAAAAACAUUUUUAAGAAAUAGCAGUAUUUUAAACUAGUAUUAAAUUUAUACAAUAUUACUGUGAUCAUAAUUUUGUUGUGUUUAGUUUGAUUCAUAGAGACAUCUGAAGUUUCAAAAACAAUUAAUUAUAUGAUUUAUUAAUAAUAUUGAGUUUAAUUUGGAACUUUAAAAGAUAUUAUAUUAUUAUACAUUUUUAAACCUUAUAAUAAAACUUUAAAAUUUAAAUUAUUUAAAAAGAAGUAAUCAAUGAUUUAUCUAAAAAAAAAAUUGAAGGUUAGUUAUAAAAAUUAAAUGUUAAAAUCCUAUAGGUAUUCUUUUUUGACAUUAAAAACUAAAAUUGCAUUAAUUUAUAAUUAAUAAAAUUAACAAUAAACGUUAUAUUAAUACAUUUUAUUUUUUAUUUUAGUGUAUCAUUUUUGACAGGUCCGUUGAAUCACUACAAGUAUGUGACAUCUAAAGAAAAGCUGCCUUUCAUGUUUGGCUACAUAAUAACUCUUUUAGGUACAUUGUAUUUUUCAUUGUGGAUGAAGAGUACUCCGUACACUUUAUUAUUGCUGACCAUUCAUCUAGUACUCAUUUUUUGGUUUUUAUUAAACUCCAUACCAUUUGGUCAAAAAGGUUUAUCAUUCUUUGGGCGUUUAUGUUCAUCUAUGGUCAAAAGUAAAGUGUCAAAUUCAUUACCUGUUUAAAGAUUUUAAAAAAUUAAUUAUUUUCAUUCCUAUUAUGUACAUAUAUUUUGUUAUUAUAUUGUUAUUAGACACUUAUUAUUGUGAAUUUGUUAAUAGAUUUCUGUUUUAAAAAAUACAGGAAUUUAUAUUAUUUGUUUUUAUUUUAUACAUGUCUUCUCAUUACUUUUAUACAUUUGAAUGUAUAUAUUAUAUAAAAUUAAAAUACUUUAAAUAUUACACAAAUAAAAUAAUAUUUACUGAGUAAUACAAUAGUCAAUCUAUUAAACCAGAUAAGAAAUUAAAAUUAAAAAAAACACAAAAUGAUGCUCUUUAUUUAAGUAUAAAUAGCUAGUGUUU